AUGGCCUCUCUGGGUGGCUCCGUGCCUUUCUUCCGGAGCUUUGCUCCCCGACUUUCGAGGGAGUUCUUCACCUGCCGUCAAUGUCUAACGCAGAGCCCCAAUUAUGCCGCUAAACCCGCCUUCCGCAGGCAGUUUGCGGCUUUCUCCUUCACCCCGAAUACGAACAACGCGACUUCGGCCGCGGCAUUUGCUAGAGCGAAGAAGGCCUUCCCUUCGGCUUGGAAGAGGUCGGCUUCCGGAUCCGCAGCUGCGAGUGCGAUUGAGAAUGGAGCUCCCAAGUCUCGAUCGCGAUUUCCCGACGUGAGCCAUAAGUCGGUGGCCUACUGGCUGCUGGGAAGUGCGGCCAGUGUUUUUGGUAUCGUAGUGUUUGGUGGCCUGACGAGAUUAACGGAAUCAGGCUUGAGUAUCACAGAAUGGAAACCCGUCACCGGAUCCUUGCCCCCAAUGAACGCAGACGACUGGGAAUCGGAAUUCGCGAAGUACCGUGAUUCCCCCGAAUUUCAGCUCUUGAACCCGCAUAUGACUCUCUCCGAAUUUAAAUCGAUCUACUACAUGGAAUGGAUUCAUCGUCUAUGGGGCAGAUUUGUUGGUCUAUCGUUUGUGAUCCCGGCUGUUUACUUCGUCGCUCGGAAAAAGGUCAGCAAGCCUAUGGCGUUGCGUCUCGCUGGAAUCGCUGGCUUGAUUGGAUUCCAAGGAUUUAUCGGUUGGUGGAUGGUGAAGUCGGGAUUGAAGGACGACCUUUUCGCACCCGGCAGCCACCCCCGAGUGAGCCAGUACCGUCUGACAGCGCAUCUUGGAGCCGCCUUCGUUUGCUAUGUUGCUAUGCUUUGGAAUGGACUUGCGAUCCUGCGGUCCCACCGUCUUCUCGCGGACCCCGAGGCUGGUACUAAGCUGCUUGACUCGCUCCGUGACCCUAAACUCAACGUCUUCCGUCGCUCGGUUGCCGGACUCGCCCUUCUGGUCUUUACGACCGUCAUUUCCGGUGCCCUGGUCGCCGGUCUUGAUGCUGGUUUGAUUUAUAAUGAGUUCCCGUUCAUGGGCAAUGGCCUGGCUCCUCCCAAAUCGGAGCUCUUCGAUCAGCGGUAUUCGCGUCUCGAGGAUAAGUCCGACCUCUGGUGGAGGAACAUGCUCGAGAACCCUUCUCUCGUGCAAUUGGACCAUCGCAUUCUGGCCAUGACUACGUUCACGAGCAUCAUGGGUCUGUGGGCUUAUUCCAAGUCGCCUGCCAUGAAGCGUCUUCUUCCCCCCGUUGCCAAGAAGGGCGUCCACGGUGUCGUCGCUUUUGCGUUCAUGCAAGUUGGCCUUGGUAUCUCGACUCUGCUCUACCUCGUCCCUACCCCUCUCGCUUCGGCCCAUCAGGCCGGCAGUCUGUUCCUUCUGACUUGGGUUCUUGUCCUGGGAAGCCGCAUCUGGCACCCCUCGCGGACUGCUAAGCUGCUUCAAAUGGCGGCCAAGGCCCGUGGCCAGGCCCUGUCGAAUGCGGCUGCGCAUGGCCCUCGUCGGGUAUAA